GGGGCCGGCCCGAAGCUGCUGGGCUCCACGUUGUAGGCCGGCGCCUGCUCCCAGCCCCAUCCCCGUCCCCACGCUUGGGCCGGGCCGGGCCGGGCGGGCGGGCGCGAGAAGAUGGCCGGGCCGGGCGGGCUGGCGGCGCGGAGAGGCAGCGCCCGCGGGGUUGUGAUUUCAGAUGAUUGGCCAGGGUACAGUUUGGAUUUAUUCACUUAUCCACAGCACUAUUAUGGAGAUCUGGAAUAUGUGCUCAUACCUCAUGGUAUUAUUGUUGACAGGACAGAGCGCCUGGCCAAAGACAUCGCCCAAGACAUUGGAGACAAUGACAUCGUGGUUCUUUGCGUCCUUAAAGGUGGCUACAAGUUCUGUGCUGACCUUGUAGAGCACAUUAAGAAUCUCAGUAGAAAUUCAGAACGGUUCAUCUCCAUGAAAGUUGAUUUUGUUAGACUGAAGAGUUACCAUAACGAUAAGUCUAUGGAAGAUAUGCAGAUAAUGGGAGAAGAUGAUCUUUCAGACCUGAGGGGAAAGAAUGUCCUGAUUGUGGAGGAUAUUAUUGGAACAGGAAGGACUAUGAAGGCUCUGCUUAAUAACAUAGAAAAAUGUGAGCCAAAAAUGAUCAAGGUAGCAAGUUUGUUGGUGAAAAGAACAUCUCAGCCCGAUGGGUUCAGACCUGACUAUUAUGGUUUUGAAAUCCCAGAUAUAUUUGUGGUAGGCUAUGCCUUAGACUACAAUGAGUAUUUCAGAGAUCUAAAUCACAUAUGUGUCAUCAAUGACCAGGGCAAAGCAAAAUACAGAGUCUGAAUUAACACCUUUCUACUCUGAAGAUUUGUAAAUACAGUGAACCAGGAUUUUAAGUACAUUCCUUGAAUCAUCUCCCUGAAGACAAAUUCAGCAGUCCUAUGUCUUACCCAACUUGGUAUAAAAAGUGUUUUACUGUAGGGAUAUUGACUGAUAUUGAAAAGUGAAUGUUUCUAUCUAAAUGCAAAAUACAGAGCUUUUUGAAUUAUUGUAGAUUUUAAAAUAUUAAAAUUACAAUAUGCUAUCUCUUUGGACUAAUAAGUUAUCUGCCUCCACACUCAUUGUGAAUAACUUUCCUACAUUUAGUAAGUCAUUCUAAACCACCUGUCAGUUUUACAGUUAAUAUACCUUUCAGUGUUGCAUAUAGUUGCUCAAACAUUACUUUCUGUGUUCUAAAUCUUUUUCUAAUAUUACAGAAAUGUGUUAAUCAGACAUUUAAGCAUCACUUUAGUCCAGGUCAAAUCUGACACAACUGAAUUUGAAAUAUUGUUCACUUUUAAUUCUGUGUUACUAUGCUUCACAUGAAGUUUUAUAUCAAUGGAUUUAUUGAAGGCGAUUAUCAUCUACUCCUUUAUAAUCUUUUGAACUGAAUAAUACACUGAAUCUGAAUGAUGAUAUGAAAUUAACCUUUAUGAGACACUCUUGAUUUAAACUGUCAAGAUGUGGGACUGAUGAUAUGUCAUGUAUGCAUGGAUCUACUCAACUGCAUUUAAUACACUGAAUUUUAAUUAGAUGAAUUGUAAUUAGAAGAAAACAAUGGCAGAAAGGCUUCAGUUUCUCAAAUGCAUCUUUUUAUUCGUGUAGGUCAUAAAAAAGUGACAGAAUUAACGUAAUGUUCUCAAGUGCAUAUUUCAAUCAUUAAACUCAAUCAAGCACAAAAGUUUGUUUGCCAGGCAGUUAUUCCAUUAUAACUAUUAUUUUUCAUAGUAUGUCCAAAUUAACACAUUAUUUUUGUAGUAAGUUGUCUUAUAUAUAAAUGCAGACAUGACUUAACAGUCCUGCCAUAAAAGCAAUAACAUUUUAUAAAAAACAAACACAGUAACAUAAAAACUAAUAUAAUAAAUAUUGCCAACUCUAAAGAUUUCCUGUUUUCCUUACACAUCAUGUUUGAAAGAAGUUUGUUAAUUUACCUGUUGUGUUAGUUUAAAAACAAAUGUAAUUAUGUGCUGUAUACAACUGUUCUCAAUAACUUCCCAAAGGAAGCCAAAGUAGGGUAAAUAACUAUAACACCAUUGCUUUAUUCUGAACUGUAUGAGGCAUAUUGUUAUUAGGCUCCAGUUUCCUAUAAACUAAUAAAGAAACAGUAAAAACACUUGUUACGUUAUACAAUUGUUUAUGAUUUGUCCUACUUCAGCAUUUUUUGCACAGCCCUUAACAGCUCUUUAAAAAUGUGCAUUUGAACUAGUGCUCUAAACAUACUGUAUGUGUUUACCCUGUGGCUCAUAAAACUGUACUUGUUUGGAUAAAAUCUAGGGGCAUCUGUACAUGUGCUCUGUGAUGGAGGGGGGGGCCUUUAAUUAAACCGGCUCUGAGAGAUUCAAAAUGGUGGCGGGCAUGCUUUAACUAAAGCUUGUUCGAGCUUUAGUUAAAGCACCCCUGCUGCCAUUUUGAAAUACGGGGAUGCUGAAUACACAUGAUAUGGAGGCUGCUGCUAAUUAACACGCUCCAGCAGACUCAAUUAAUUGAGUUUGCUCUGAUGCAUGCUAAUUAGCACAUGUCGUGUUUAUAGGUGCCCUAUUACAUUACUGAUUUAAAAUAGUGUGAGCAUAAAACUGUUGGGUUUGGGAGGGAAAUGUUUUAGCUCAUUCCUUUCAUUGCCUAUAAUCUGGAUUUCUCUUGGAAAAUGUUUUCCUUCCUUGAAUAUCCUGUUUUCAAAAAGGAUUCAACCUAUUCCCACCCCUCUCAUUGGAGGAACUUGCAAAGAGUAUUGCAGCUCUUUAUUUUUCCUGUACAAAGCUUUAGUUUUCUAUAGGUUUAUUAGUUUUAGAACAUUUUGGAUGUAGCCAUUGUUAAACCCAGUUCUAGAUUUACCAUAAGUAGUAUGUAGUAGUAUGUGUUUACAUCUGUUAAAUAUGCACUGUUAAACAUGACUUGUCAUUUGCUGUUAUGAUCCAUCAAUAGGAAAGAAACAGGAACUUGGAAACAUCGAUGUAAAAUUACUUAAAGAUAGAUCUUUUGUAUAAAAAUAAUUAAUUGAAAGUUCAAAUCAGUAAAAGCUUGGAAUUGUCACUGUAAUGGUAGGGAUUGACUAGUUACAAUCUGUGGAGGCAAUAUUUUAAUAGAAGUGCAGGAGUGAUACUGAACAUUCAUGGUUCCUUUUCCUGCUCUUAUUUCUAGUUCAGUUACUGUUCUAACAGUAAAAUUGAAAAGAAUGCCAAGAAAAAGAAAUCAGGACCUGCCCAAAUAUAUUGGUUUUGAAAACUAUCAAAAAUCACAUUUAUUGUGUAGUCAGAAUUUAAGUGUUUAUUCUCAGUAUAUUUUUAUAUCCCAUCACAGAUAUCCUAGACAAUUGCUACUUUUAAGAUGGUAAUACAUUUCUAUACAGAGAAUUUGCAUGGGUAGCUGCUGUGACUUAAAAAGGAUUUUCCUUUCUGAUUCCAUACUUUAUACCAUUGAGCAGUUCCAGACCUCUGACUUGCCAUUCCACACCUAAGUCAUGCAUUUAUUUUUUCUGUCUGCAUAAAGCAAUUCCAUAUGAAGAAUUCAUUUCCAACAACUUUCUUUAAUAACCUGCUUCAAAAAUACCACCAGUGGAACUGACUGGGCUGUUCAUUCAACAUAUUAUAUUUCUUUGAUUAAUGUUGGUUUCAUUUUCUUCAUAGAAGGCUGUUUUAAAUGUGCACAAUUUUUAAAAAAAUCAUACCUGUAUGUAUAGUUAGUUUAAUAAAAAUGUUGAUUCCACUUC